AUGAACAAGGCUACUACUUUUAACUUGGUCACUGGAAUUACUCCAAGUUCAAGUUUUUCAUCGGGAUUUGGUGGAAUUGAUAUUGGUGGCGGCUUUGAACAUACAUCAACAAGUGGAAUGAAUCUAACAGCAAGUGGUUUUGACGCUCCAAAAGAGGACGAAGAUGAUGAUGCCAUGAUGGAACGAGAAUUGAACAGGAGGAAAAAUUUAUUUAAAGGAAUUAAACAACCUCCAACUGUUUUACCAUUCAACGAGGAGGCCUUCUUGAGGGCAGAGGCACAACGAGCCCAAUCCGUGGAGAGACAGGCCAUUGAGGAUUCUAUCGAUGAACUUCAACAAAGUCUUUUUAAGAGUAAUGGUGAGGCACUCAUGUCUGAAGAUCAAUUAUUCUUUAUUCAACUUCCUUCUAAAAUUCCAUACAUGGAUGCAGCUGAAAGAAAACGACAACAAGCUCAAGAAAAGAAGCUGUAUCAACAAGUCGGUCUCGUUGGAGAAAUGGUCAUUUAUAAGAGUGGAAAAGUGAAAUUGAAACUAGGAGAAGUAGUGUUAGACGUGUUUCCAGGAAGUGAAUUUAGUUUUCCUGAACAUGUUGCCUGUAUAGACAUUGCAGAUAAGGACAAACAAGGUAAUUGCCACAUUCUUGGAAAUAUUGCAAAACGAUUUUCAUGCGUACCUGAUGUGGAUUAUUUAUUGCACCGAGAAGACACAACCAAGCCCUAA